CCAGCUUUGAGCGUCAUUCUUGUUCCAGCAAGAGUACCAGUCAGUUCGUAAGAAUAUGGCGAAAUCCCGAUCUCGUUCCCGUUCCCGGUCUAAGUCAAGGUCUAGGAGCCGAAGCCGAAGUCGAUCUCCAAAGAAGGCAGCACCUAAGAAAGCUGUAGCGAAGAAAUCUCCAGCACCAGCAAAGCCAGCUGCCCCCAAGAUGACCAAGUCCAGGAGCCGUAGCCGCAGUCGCAGCCGAAGCAGAAGUAGAAGCCGCAGUCGAAGUGGAUCCCCAAGAAAAGCUAAGAAGGCCAGGAAGUCACCAAAGAAGAAGGCAUCAAAACCCAGAGCAGCAUCCAAGAAAGCGGCCCAUCCAACAACUCUCAACAUGGUGUGUGCGGCCAUUACUGCCAUGAAGGACCGCAAAGGAUCCUCAGCCCAGUCCAUCAGAAAAUACAUCUUGGCUAACAACAAAUCGGUGAGUGCAACACACCUGUCUUCAGCAAUGAAAGCCGCGUUCGCUAAGGGUCUUAAGUCAGGAGCCCUAGUUCGGCCUAAAGGAUCCAGUGCCCACGGUGCAAGCGGACGUUUCAGAGUAGGAAAAGUUGCAGCAACGCCCAAGAAGAAGAAGGCAGCUAAAAAGCCAAAGAAGAAGGCGGCAGCGAAGAAGCCCAAGAAAGCAAAGAAGCCAAAGGCAAAGAAACCCAAGGCAAAGAAAGCAGCAGCCAAAAAAGUAAAGAAAGCAAGAAAGGCCAAGUCACCAAAGAAAGCCAAGGCAGCCAAGAAGCCCAAAGCAGCGAGGAAGUCGCCUAAGAAAACCAAAUCCAAGGCAAGGAAAAGGCCCAGCUCCCCAAGGAAGGCAAAGAAAGCAGCAAAGGCUAAGUGAGCAGCUGUUCACUGAAUAAACCCCACGGCCCUUUUAAGGGCCACC